CUGUCUUUCUUUCGCGCGCACUGUACGCUGACGCACACACUCAAGCUGGGAAUUUCAUAAACAGCCCGGAUCUUCUCCUGCCGUCACUGAGAAGGAGGCGGGGUGCUAGUUGAAAGGGGGAGAAGGUCCAGACAGGAGCCGGGCAUGUUCAAACAUAUCCAAGCAGAGCAGCCUACCAACCCGCACGGUGUCCUGUCAUUGCGCACAGACUGAACUUAUUCCCAAACUGUGUGGCAUAGACAAAUGUGUUUAACAUCAUCUUUACUGUAGCUGAUCUGUUUCCCCGAGGGACGUUGAUACGGCAAGACACGGGAUGCGUAUUUAUUAAAUUCAUCUUGAAACACGUCGCUGCUGAGGAUUAAGUUGCCUAGAGUCUCGUACUGAAGACGUUCCUUCAGCGUGGAAAUGUCGUUCGCGGCCAAGGCGAUGAGAGACGGACUGCUGGAGAAGCGCAGCAGUGGGCUUCUCCAGCUGUGGAAGAAGAAGCGCUGCGUCCUCACUGAGGACGGGCUGCGCUUGCACAACUGCAAAGGAGGCGGCGGUGAUGCUCCGGGUUUGGCGUCGAGCUCCAAAGUCAAGGAGCUUCGCUUUGAGCGCAUGGUCACGGUGGACUGCGUGGAGUAUAAGCGUGGGCUGGUGUACUUCACUGUGGUCAUGGUUACGGGCAAGGAAAUUGACUUUCGGUGUCCGCAGGACGGCACAGCGUGGAACGCAGAGAUUGCUCUGGCUUUGGUGCACUAUAAGAACCUACAGGCCGUGCAGACCGGGAGGAACCGGCACCUGUCUACGGGACACCUGGGCAGCACUGGGGAGGACGAGGAGCUCUGAUUUUCGAAGCCUUCCUGCUUCCUUGGAGGGAACCAAUAAGAAGGGGAAAAGGGGUACAACUAACCAGAUCCAGAGGAUGCACAGAAAGGUCAUCAGUGAAUAUGGAACAAACGACUGAGAACAAGUGUCACAGAAACUCAACUUGUCUUCCCUCAUUCACUUGCAGUCAUUCAAAGUAUAGGAAUCUGAUAAACUGUGGAUAAAGACUUUGUUUCUGUCCUGA